AUGUCUUACACGUCCGGAUUCAAGAAGAACGAGAGUGCUAUCGCCUCCGAUGUUGAGAGUGAUGUCGAAAUCACCAAUAAGCCAAACCCUCCAUUGAGAAGAUCGUCCUCAUUGUUCUCGUUGUCGUCCAACUUGGAACCUCUUCCCAGACCAGAACCGGAAGAUUACCAGAACUUCUUGGAGGACUCUAGACAUUUCUCGUUGAUCAGGAAUUUGCACAUGGCCGACUUCAUUACGCUCUUGAACGGAUUCUCAGGUUUCUACUCUAUUAUUUCGUGCUUGCGUUUCGCUCUCACUGGCCAAUCACAUUACGUGCAAAGAGCACAUUUCUUCAUUUGUUUGGGUCUCUUUUUCGACUUUUUCGACGGCAGAGUUGCUCGGUUGAGAAACAAGUCCUCACUCAUGGGCCAGGAACUUGAUUCUUUGGCCGACUUGGUUUCGUUCUCCGUUUCACCAGCCAUUAUUGCUUUUGCAAUUGGCUUCCGAACUACUGCCGAUACCCUCCUUUUGUCCUACUGGGUCUUGUGUGGUUUGACUCGUUUGGCUAGAUUCAAUGUCUCCACAAAUAAUGUCCCUAAGGAUAGCACUGGAAAGGCCAAGUACUUUGAGGGCUUGCCAGUCCCUACUAAUUUGAUCUGGGUGAUUGUUAUGGCUACUUUGGUAUACACCGACCGCAUCUUGGACAACUUGCCAGGCGGUGUUUUCUUUGAAGGAACAUUCAUCGAAGUGCACAGAGUCGCCUUGCUUUUCUUCAUCCAGGGCUGUGGAGAAAUCUCCAAGAGCUUGAAGAUUCCAAAGCCUUAA